GGUUUACAUUAGCAGGUCAAUAGUGGCUCACGUUGAACCUGCACGGUCGUCUGAAUUUGUGCGCUAAAUUCGAAGUCGAGGUGUGCACAGAUGAAAAGGAACGACAGCAGAUACUAUAACAAUGCCUAGACGGAAGCAGGAGUGCCCCAAACGCCAUAACUCUGAAGAGCUUGAUAUUAAAGCGACAGGCAAUUGUCUCAAUGAGAAUCUGCUGCCAGAUGGCGCUGGUGGACUUUCACUGCCAGGAGGAGCCAGUGACACAGAAGAGGAUGAAGAGCCCAGUGAUGAAGAAGAGGGCAAUGCUACUGGCCCCAGUGAAACCAACUACUCAGCAGUUAGUGUGAAAACAGAACAGUGCAAUGAGCAGUCUGUGGCAUUCCUGGAUUAUCAUCAGAAAAACAGUAGCAAGUCUGCUCUGAGGGACUUUCUUCAAAGCAAAAUCGAAGGUACCAUAGGUUGUGGUAAUUCCAUGUCUGAUAUGUUCUCUAACAUGGGCAAUUCAGAUGAGGAGAGAGAAGAAGAAGAGGGCGAUGACGAUGACGGACCUCUUGAUUUGUCAGUUAAACCAAAAAAGCCAAAGUUCUCUGUUCCAAUACAAGAUACAGAAUCAGAUGCGGAGUAUCUAUACGGGAUGUCUUCCCUGGCUUCUCUGGAGAGAAAAUUUGGGGUACCAUGGCAGGAAAAAAAGAGGAAAACUGCAAAUAGGAACCCAAGCUCAAAAAGGACUAAUGAGAUGCAUAAACAUAGUAAAAGUCUUCAAGGAAGCUAUGUGCAGUUGUCUGUCGGUUUCCCGAGUGAGCAGUCAUUGAAGUGUUCCUCCUCUUCGUCUGCCAUGGUCGGGUCCACUGUGUCAGUGCCCAUUGCCGCCACGGUCCAAAACAUUGCCAGUUCUGCUCUGCACUCCAACAUUCAAACAAGUGCAGACAGAGUGGCAAAGAUAUUAGAUAAUGUGAAAAAAGGACUUUAUGGUGGUGAGGCAUUGGAGCCUGCUUCAGUUAAAUCUAAUUCUGUCACAGCUGGGUCAGAGUUACAAAAGGACAGACUUGUAAUCCGCAGUUCUUUACACUCAAAUAUACAGUCCAGCUAUGAAACUGUUGCAAAGUUGCUGAAAGGUAACAGCAAGGCAGGAACAGGCAAACAGAUUAAUCUGCAACAAGAAAGCAAAGAGAAAUGCAGUGUGCCACCACAGCAAUGUUCAACAAUAUGGAUACCUAAAGAUUCUAGUGUGGCAGAUCCCAGGAUAGGGUUUCCUGGUUCAGAAUUGGCCAACUCAGACAGUGAGUCAAACUUCACUAACUUUGUGUGCAGUUGCUCCCAGAAGUACUACAGCUUAUAUGACCUCAGUGUGCACAUUAAAGAGACUGGCCACCAGCCUUCCUCAAACAUGCGAAAUCAGGGGGCCGAAUUUCCCAAACUUGUAAGAGGACAAGACAUGUGGCUCCACCACAGUCCUGAGCAGACACGGCAGAUUUUACGCUGUAUAAAAUGUGGAGAAUCGUUCAGGUCUCUCCCUGAUUUAACUGUGCAUAUGAUGAAAACGGAGCACUAUCAGAAGUUCUUCAUAGCAGAUCGUAAAAUCUACCACAAAGCUAACAAAGAUGAGGAGGAGAUGGGAAACCCUGUCUUUAAGUGCAAGGUGUGCCACCUUGUUUUUGCAGACUUGAAAAAUUUAGGCACACAUUUAGCAGAAUCGGGUCAUCACAGCCAAUCACACAGCAGACGUCUGCGCCCAAAGACAAGCCUCGCACAAUCUCAGAGUGGUGAGGAAGUGACCACUAGCAGCACUUCUUCAUCAACAAUGAAGAAAAUAAACCCUACUGAUUUGGGUUCCACAAAACCAAGUUCCAUCCCAAAGGAAAAAUUAGACAUGGAAACACCUUGUUCUUCCUCUGCCACAGGACUAUCCAUUCCAGCAAGCCAGGUUGUGUCUCCAUCACAAUCGGUGACUUAUAUGUCGCCCUUCCUUACCACAUCUGAACCUAUUACCACAGUAUCACCCAUGGUUGGGUUGACCAACAUGGCCGCCGCUCUCACAUCAGCCUCAGCAUUCAAGCCCACUACCGUGAAUCAUCAGAGUCAUGGAUUAAGUCAGCCAUCUAGUGUUGAACCUGGUGGGCAAAAUAUCCAUUGUCGACAGAGUUUUGUAAAUGUAAUCAAGGACAUUUCUACUGGCAAGAGUGUAGAAUCCAGUAUCAGUCAGCCAUAUAGUCAGUUGUUAUAUGGAAAUCCAUUGGCCAGUCUUGCCGCUGUGGCAACAACUUUAUCUAAAGCAGAGACCAAAGUAACAGACUCUUCUGUAUUAGUAACAAAAACAACCAAAGCUCAAAGAAGUCCUACUGUUGCUAGGUUACUUGAAAGCAAACGAGGGGGAGGUAUUCCUGCAGAAUGCUCCCUGCCUCCUACGUACCCUUUGCUGAGCACAAUCACAUGUGAAAACUGCCAUAAAAAGAUUGAAGCAGCCAUGUUUGUAGAUCAUGUUAGAGACUGUAUCAACGUUGCUUUGACCCAAGGAACGCAGAACGGUGAGGAAAUCAUGGAAAAAGAAGGCGACAGUGGGCAAACCCCAGCAAGACAGCCAGUCAAGACUGUACCCAAAGAAUUGGAAGAUAAAUCAAAUCCAGAAGCUGCGACAGUUAUUGUAAAAAAAGAGCCCAAAUCUCCCUCCCCUGAAAAUGAAUCUCUCUCUUCAAGUUUCGGAGGAGCUGCACAUGGGGGACUUUACAUAAACCCUGAUGAUGAACCAAGUAGCGCAAAAAACAUCACAUCAUCAUCUUCCCUCAAAGUAUUGGAAAAUCUUUUCGAUAAGUACAGCAGCAGCAGCAGUAACUCCAUUGUCCACCAAUCAAACGUACCAGUUGCAGCAGCAGCAGCAACAUCAACAGUUCCAGUGAGGAAUGUUCUGUUGAAAGGUUCCUAUUACCACCAUUGGCAGCUACAGCAGCAACACCUCAGCAGACCCAUUAUCUACAGACAACAGCAAGCCAAAGCCAGCCACAGUGGCUACAGGAGCCAGCUAGAUCAGAAACCUAAUCCUAAAAGUAAUAAUAACGAUGAUGAUCAUAAUGAUCCAGAACCAGAUGGUGGUAAAACUCCAUCGGUUUCAGUCACUGCUGCUGCCGACAGCAGCACAAGUGUGAUACUGCCACCAGAAAGCAGCACUGGAGUUACGGACAGCUCCACAAUUUUAAAAGCAAUGGCAGACAUGACAUCGAGGGAGGAGGUCAAGGUUACCUCCACAGGGACGGGGACGGAGAUUCUUAACCCACUAAAUGCAAACGAGACCAUAAACUCCAAAUCAGUGUUACAGUCUCUGCAGGGAUUGGUGGAUCACAGGACAAGCAGUGCAGAGCACCCAUUGGAUAGUCUACGUAAGCUUCUGACACGCACACAGGUGGUAGAAAUACGGAGGGAGUAUCCAAGCUCUUUGAAAGCCAGCUCCCAUUAUGGGUGUAUCAAGCAAAAACUCCUUGAUUCAAAUGAUAAAGAUAAUACACGGGACUCUAAGUUAGAGAACUUGGAUUUGCAUCACAAUGGUGAUGGAUUCAAUGAUGGUAAUGAUGAUGCUGAUGUUGAUGACGAUGAUGAUGAUGAUGUUUUUUUACCAGAGACGCCAAAUGUUGUAAAGGAACAGAUAAAAAGGGAAGAAGAGCCAAAGGUGAAGGAAGAGCAAACAGAUAACACCAGUGCUGACAGUUCACAACAAGUCACACAGCAGCCUAACUCUUGCUACAUGAGGUUAAGAUCAAGGAAAUACCUUCACCAACACCCAGGGGAUAAUAGUAAAAAUGACACACGACAAACAAAUGGAGAAUCCAAAGAUGAAGACCAUAACCAAAGCAGAGUAGAAGCAGAUGGGGCAAGAUCACCAAUCAAAGAGGAAGUGGAGGAUGAGGAAGAGGAGGAAGCAGAACAGGUUGCAUCUAUAAACAAGAAUGGAGAAGUUGUGAACGAAACGUCAUUUUCUACAAUAGAGCACAGUGCCCCCAGCCCAGACUCUUCCUCUUCUAAUGAUACCAAUGAUAGCAGGGAGAGUGCCAAAUCCUGGGACAAGUGGGUUGAUAAAUUUCGCUGUGAGAACUGUCAAAGGCGAUUUGUGACAAAAGGGUCGUUCAGAUACCAUCAGAGUCGCUGUACUCAUUUGGUGGAAAAGAAGACAAAGCUCAAGGGAAAAAUUUCCCUGCCUUACGACCCGUAUCAAGCCACACCAUACAUUUACAUGCCAUUAGAUCACAAUUCUAAAGAACAUAAAUUCUAUGCUCCAUUGAAUCAUCCAUCUAAGUUUUCAAAAUAUUACCAGCUUGCCAAAGAACUUGCCCACAAAGGCAGUAACCAGUGAAAAAUGAUUGCUAGCGAAGUUGACAUUCAGACAGAUGACAAAUAGAACAAUCUUAUCAAACCCAUAUUAUUCUUUGCAAAACACCUUUCUUCUACAUUUCAUAUUUUAACAGAUUACCCAUUGGACAGGACUACAAAGGCAAAAACUAGCGUAGACUGUAAUUUAGACAAUGUCAAGAUUAUGUUACAAAAUAUUACAGUCUUGCAGAAGAGCUGGCUCCGACAAAGGCAGUUACAAAUGAAUGAUGACUGUGUAGCCUUCACUUAGCUUGGUAUUGUUUGCUAAUAGCCAAAAUUUCAGUCUAAUGAAUUUAAAAAAAAACAUUAUUUUUCUUUUUCAAAUUUGUCUUUUAUUCUGCCUAAAAAAGUGGUUAGAUUAUAUUUUUCAAGCUAAUUGGCAAUAAUAGUUAUUUGAGAGUGAGACCGCAUUGGUGUACUUCUGAAAACAUUGCCUCACAAUGGCAGUAAAUCGUGAGUGAUGACUGUUAAGUAGACAAAUAUAAAUGCUGGCAGAUGACGAUAAUAGCAAAGUUUAAUCACAGAACCUAUAUUUGUCAUUGAGUCUGAACAAAGAAAUGACGCAGCCUUUAAUCAGUGCUGUCAAUCAUUAAUUACUCACUGGAUAAAAUAGUCUUUAAUGUUUGGAGGCUUUCACCUGUUAAAUGUAUGUGCCCAGGUACUGAUUACGGGUUUCUCAUUGUCUAGUAGCUUCCACCUGUUAUAUAUAUAUGUGCAGAGAAACUAGUUGUAAGUCUGCUGGCUUUAGCCUCUUUGAUGUGUACCAUGGUACUGGUUAAAAGACCAUAAAUUUUCAGUAACUUUCAACUCUUAAAUAUAUACCAAGUGUAAAGUGACGAAAAGUGUAGGUCUUUCAGGUUUCAUUUUAACGCUGGGUCCUGGGUUAGAUUUGAGGCUGAGUAAGGUGUGUUUAUAUUCAGACAGACAGGUUUAUGUCUACAUAACAUCGGUAGAUUACUAAAUUGAUUUAGCAGUCUACAUCUAGCGAGGACUUGCUGUAGACUUCAUUUAGGAUUGUUCCACUCUAUAGAUUAACUUUCGUAAACAAUAGUUAAUGAACAUGUUGAUGACUUAAUAGACCCAUUGCUCGGGUUUUAACUCUUAAAUGACUAGGAAACUAAUUUGGAUGAUGAUGUCAUUUUGACCUAAACCAGUCAAGGUGUGUGUUUCUGGAGGCAGAUGUAGCAAUAUGCUGGUCUGAAGUCUAAUUACAUGUUGUAUAUACUGGUGCUAUCAAGAUAAUUGUAUUCCGUACAGACAUUUACAAGUUGUUGAACAAUUUUCUCUUGUCAUGUUGUGGACUUGAGAAUAGUGAAAAUCUUCAGUAUCAUUGGCAUACUAGACAUUUACUUCUGGGUGUUGGUCAAACUGCCACCCAGUGGUCAUUUUACCUCCAUAUUGGCCCGAGGAUAGCCAUUGUCUGUGAUGGCAGCAAGUUAAUGACGCUUAAGAUUUUUACUUAUUAAGUUACCAUAACUUUGCUUGUAUUAAACAUUUGCCAAGUUAAUUAACUUAAUUGGUUCAACAUGUGGUUGUUACCAAUUAUUUAUAAUUUUGAUUUAAAAAUCAUGCAAUUAUUAAAAACUGGUGCAAUUGAAUAACAAUAGAUCAUGUGUUGUAAGACUUGUAACAUAUGGUCUAGACUUUCUCAUUUUUGUCCGAGUUUGACGGGCAUUAUAAAAGUUAUAUAUCUGUUAAAAUUGAUGGUGUUUUUGAAAAAAAUACAUCUUACAUGAAAUGUUAUUAUACAUUUUAAAUGAAAUUUGUUCAAUUCUGGGCACCUCUUCUUGAAAUGUUUAAGUGUACCAUAUCUUUUUCCAGUCUUUCAUUAUUUGUCUAUGGCAGCAUUUACGUUAACAUAAUCAUUUGAUUGGAAGUUUAUUGCAUUACCAUUGCACAUAUUUUCAAAGUGGGUGCUUGUCCUACGAUCUUACUAGUCUUAUCAUUGUCUUCAGUUUCAUUGCUUAGUUUUGUUGCGCCAACGGGGUUUUCCAUAUUUUCAAAAAGUUAUUGAUUUUCUUUAGUGUGUAAAAUAGUUGAUGUUUGUAAAGCACGUCAGUGUAAUUAAUUAUUUUGAAAAAUCACCCUUUACUAUGUCAGCUGCGUAUUUGAUUCUGAAAACAAGAUUUUGUUAAACUGUAUGUUGUCACAGGGUGCCGGUAAUGAGGCUUUAUUAUACUCUCUUUUUUUUUUCACGUUGAAAAAGUUUUUUGGUAGGACAACCUUAAACGGUUUUCCCAGAUUCGUUUAUCACAAAGAAUUUUGUCAUAUUUCCUUUGUGUUACCCUGAGCUUCAGGUUGUCUUAGAACAUCACGCUCAGUUUGGGGGAACCUGUUCUACGAUCAUUUACAUGUCAUCAAACAAGGGUCUGAAACGCAGGGUAAUGCGCAUAGACACUGAAAGCGAUGUACACGCUUCAUUCGACUACCUGGUGCAUAUAAGCAAUGAUGUGAAGUUUUACAAAAAAAAAAAUAAUAAUAAUAAUAAUAAUACCCCUUAUGGCUUUUUGUUGCACAUAUUAUGAAGACCUAUAGCCUUUACAGCCGAUUAUUUCGGGGAAAAACAUCGUAUGCAUCGUGUGGCAAUCUGUUAGAUGAAAUCUGAUGACUUCGCUGGCUGUUGUAGUAACUUAUGUGUAGGUGCAUUGUAAACGAAUUCUUCCUCCUCACGCACUGUAAUCUGAUAACAUUGAUGUGAUGGCUACAUUUUUCAUUGCUAAGUAUUUUUAGUCGAGCGUCUUAAACUCCUGUUGACACGUAUUUUGUGCCAUUGUAAAUGCGACUGUUAGUGCUAUAACGUCGUACUUAUUGCCGAAGAUUGUCUUUAUUAUUGUCAUGUUAUUUAUAGCGCAAUUUGAAAAUAAUUUCUGUAUUUUUUUUUUCGGGGAAACAUUUCCCAUCAAAAU